GCCGACGUUGGCUGCGCAGUUGAGAAGUGCCGUGCGCGAGUGGACAAAAGCGAUGCUGUUCAAGGAUAAGUUUGACCUGGAGAAGCAGGUCGAGUUCUACCUGUCAUACCACAGCAACCCGAUCAACAAGCUCCUUCACGUGAUCUGCAUCUGGCCUAUCCUCCUCUCGGCCAUCUUCCUCUUGUGCUCGACGACUCCGUACUUCGACGUGCCGUUCCAACCGUAUGUCGUCGCCAACACCGCCCUCGUCGGUGCCGUGAUCUACGUCGUGUGGUACAUCGUGCUUGAUUCUUACGCCGGCACCCUGGCAGCCUCGUUCAUUGUUGCCAUGUACAUCUGGUCGAACGUGUACAUAUCCCAUGCUGUCGCGACCACGGGCGAGUCACCGUGGCGGAUGGCGCUGGGCAUCCACGUCACGGCAUGGAUCAUUCAGUUUAUCGGUCAUGGCGUGUUUGAAAAACGUGCACCGGCUUUGCUCGAUUCUUGGGACCAAGCAAUCAUCACUGCCCCAUUGUUCGUGCUUCUCGAAGUACUACUCCCGUUUGGGUACCGUCGCGACAUGCACGACCGCAUUGAAGCCCAGGUCGCCGUGAACGUAGCCAAGUUCAAGCAGGAGCGAGCCCAACGCCUAAAAGACAAGGCCACGUAAUGCCAAGGACAGUUUUCGUUGGUCCUACGACCUGCACACGCACACAGCGCGGCUGCCCGCAACCUCUACUUCGUCGACAACAGCUAUGCUGUCUAACCCUUUGCCGUGCGCAACAAUGAAUGUCCUUUGUUGUUGUGUACGAGGCAUGACUACCCAGAACUCAUGCCAUGGAAUUUCGUGCUGGAGGGUUCUCAAGGAAUACUUUUCGUU